GCGGAGCAGUGCUUUCAAUUGUCUUCCCUGUCAAUCCAUCCAUCGGUCACCGACAGCCAUUCAGGCGGCUAGCCGCCAAAAACAAACCACUUCCAUUCGCACUUUCUCAGGCAUUCCACUUGCAAGCUGUCACUCACUCGCAUUCACUCCCCAUCCAUUGCAAAGGAUAACAGACGGCCAUCCAGCCAGACGACACACGCCAAACUACACGCACUCUCGGCUGGGGGAACACCGAAUUCUUCCGUUGUCUGUAGGUCUGUCUCUCUGUCUGUCUGUGUCUCUGCACUCGUGUGUGUUGCUGAAUAUGAUGAAUAGGAUGGUUACGGUCAGGCCUUUGUGGCGAGCAGUGGUUCUUCCUCGUUGUCGGCAGCCAUGGCCUCGGCCAAGAUCUCGUCUUGCUCGGGGUGCGGGUGGAACUCUGGUUGAAUGAUACACGUACAUAGAUACACACGUAUACACACACACCCGUGUUUGGACAUGAGUGUGUGGCGUGUACAUUGAUUGACUGGCUGACUGACCAGGCACGGCGAUGGAAGAGCGUUUGAAGUGCUUCUUCCUGUCCUCCACGACGGCGGGAGGAGCGGGCUUGCGCUCCGCCGUGAAGGACACGUACAGGCAGAAGAGCGCCGGAAUCACCGACAAAAUGGGACCCAGCAAGCACCACAACCUGGGACACACAGAGCAAGCACCAUAUCCUGUCUGCCUCUGUGUGUCUGUGGUCUGUGUGUGUGUGUGUGUGUGUGUGUGUGUGCGCGCGUGCGCUUGUCACUGACUUGUUGCAGUCGUCUCCCAUGCAGAACUCGGCCGCGGGGUCCUUGUGCUUGUCGAACUGGGCUGCCGUGAACUUCGUGUAGAAGAAGUUGCCUAUACACACACACACACGGAUACACAGAACGUACACACGACAGUACAUUGGAUUGGCUGUGUGUGUAGAGCAUGGAAAUGUAUCGGUCACCGGGGAUCAUGCACGAGUAUCCGAUGGCAGUGACGAGGCCAAACUGGCGGACGUCGAAUGUGUUGCGGACGUAGGCUGGCAGGGCCGCGUAUGUCGACGCGUAGGAGAAGCCAAUGCAGAUGACCACGCCCCACACGAAGUUGCCGUCCAACAUCACGAUGCCAAUCUGACAACAGGCACAGGACACAAGAGAGUGAGCCAUGGAGACAAUGGAAUGCAUUCAAGUGCGUCUCUUGUGUUAUGUUGUGGUGUGCCUCCUGUCCGAUGCCCAUGAAUGCGGUGACGAUGGCGAUGAACUGGAGGCGGCUGAUGUACGCCUCGAGAAUGUCCGACAGCAUCCCGCCGCCCAGACGACCAACCAGCUCGGUGAUGAUGUACACCAACACACAUGCGCCCCCACAGGUAUCACGACUGAGAAGUUCCCCCCGUCUUUCGUGCCCUGGUGUCGACCUGCUGGGCCAUGUCGAGUGAGUUGUUGCGGCCCUCGACGUUGUACGAGGACACCACUGUCUUCAUGGCGGCACCGAAGGCCAUACCUGGACAGCAAGACCACAUACAUACACAGUCAAAGCAGGCAGGAUACAACCGAGUGCGCUCUUGGUUUGUUGCUCCGUGUGUCAGUGGCUAGGACGGCUGGUGGCAUGGGUGCAUUGCAUGCCUUGUGCGGUUCCGAAGAGGUAGACGCACAUGAGCAUGUAGGCCUCGAUCUUGGUGAAGACCUUCCAGGUGGGCUCAGGGGGCGUCGUCAGGAUCGACUUGCGCUGCUGGGCGAUAGUCACGCUCUUGCGGGCGUCCUCUUGGGCCUGAAGGCACGCAGGACCACCCAGCCAAUCACAACGAAUCAACGAAUGGAUGAGGUGAGCGACAUCAAGAGGGCAGCGACACACCAGCCGGUAAUGCUGACUGACCUUCUUCUGGGCGAUGUACAUGUUGUAGAGGAUCGGCAGCACGAUGGUGACCACAACAGCAGCGACGGCUGACAUAUCAAGAGACACCACACGCAACCAUCUUGCCCCUCCUUGGCAUUGUGUGAGCACAUUUCCUCCCUCGCUGUCUCCCCCACUGGCUCACCGCUGAUGAUGGUCCAUGUCCAGACGUAUCCUUGGAUGAUGCCUCCGAGUUCACUUCGCAUCUUGUCCAGCUCAGGGCUCUUGGGGUCGGCCUUCUUCAAGUCAGAUAUCUUGUGCGUCAGGUCCUCCGCCUUUGCCGAAAAGAAAUGCGACCACAGGAAUGUCAUGAACAUCGCGCCUAAAACAACACAUCACAACAGCGCAGGAAGCAGCGGCAGGUGCAGCCACUCAGAAUGAACGGCUCAGCCGUGGUUGCUUCUCGCACUGCCUGGCCAUACAUGCAAUGUCUGUGGGUGUUCGUACGUACCUGCGGAGUAGAUGGCCAGCAGGACGCCGGACACGAGCCCCGAGCUUUUCGGCGGCCAGGCCUUGCCGUUCGUCCAGAUGGCACCUGCAAUGGACAAAUUCCACACCAUGCAGAGCAUUCCCGCGUGUCUCCCAACCAAAGUUGAGUGCGCAUCCUCCGUGAAUGCCCAGGAUCUCGAAGAUGCCGUGGAGGUAGGCGUUGGGGUAGCUCACGAGGAAGAGGGCCUUCAGGGCGAGGCCGGCCGUGUUGAUGAUGGCGCCGUACAGCAGAAUGCCAAAGGUCCCAAGAGCGUCGUAGACCAUGCCUGCAGGGAUGAGGAAGAGCCCGAUACCGCCGAUGGCCCAGACAUUGCCGCUCUCGGCCGCCGUCCAGUCCGCGGAGGCCUUCCAGGCCUUCUUCAUGUUGGAGUAUAUCUUGGGCGAGUUGGCCACGAAAGCUGAAAGGCCGCCCACCAACAGCAGGGCCACCAGCAUCGCCAUGUUGCUCUGCUGUGCUUUGGUGGCGGCCAUUGUGAGUGAGGUGAGGAAGGUGAAUGCAGGGAGGAACUAGUGCACUUGCUAGUGCAGAGCUACUUGGAUGAUGAUGAGAGUAGAGGGGGGAAAUAGCAAUGGCACGGGGAGUCCACUGGGUCAAGAACAA